AUGUUUACUUCGCCUACACGGGAGUCGUGUUCGGCAACGCAGCUCGCGACUGCAACACAAGACUGGCAGCCUCCUCCUCCUCUUACUGGAGACUCUGAAUUCGAGACCCCAGUCUUGAUAGGUACAUUAUACUUGACUAUCAACACCAGUCAAUGGAAAGACAAAGAGCAAACCCUCGAGCUCUGGUCGGACCGAUCUUCAUGGCGCAUUGGGAGGGACGGCACCAACGAUGUGGAGGUCCCAGACCCCAAGGUCUCAACGGUCCACGUGCGGAUAGAUCAUGACCCGUCAAAGGCGGGCCAAGACGACCAGAUUACUAUCACUGAUGUUUCCCGUAACGGCACAUAUCUCGGCUCGAGACGGCUGAUAGGCAACAAGAGCGAAGUUCUGAGCCCCUUCAUAAGGGGCCAUCCGGAGCCUCUGCUUCGUGCGAUGUGGAAGCCCCUGGGAUUUGAGGACCCCUUGGAGGAGGAGCUUAUGCAUGAUGCCGUGGUGGGCCUGACUCAGGCGAUGCCCCCAGCGGCUACUCAAGUUCGGGAGGAAGUCCCUGCCCCUAGGAGAAGGAAGGAUCGCGAUACUGUUGGGCAGCAGGACCCUGUCAUAGCUCAGCUCAGUGGAGAUAUAAAAUUCCAAUGGAGACCAUCGACCUCUCGAGUCACUCGAGGCCUGCGUAGUUCCAUCACCAUUGGGCGCAGUCCUUCUUGCAGUAUCGUCUUGAGCGACGAUAGAGUGUCCGGCACGCAUGUUACUCUGGAGCACGACGGCAAGGCCUUCCACAUAAUUGACUCGUCGACCAACGGGACGUUUUUGAAUGACAAGAAGUUGCCUAAGAAACAUAUGCACCCGUUGAAAUCAGGAGAUCACGUGUCGUUGGCAAGUCAGGGAAAAGAUACGGUGGCGCUGGGAGUUGAUCCUGGGAUAGAAUUCACAUUCAGAGCUGUCCUGAUGGAGUACAAUUACACCGGUGUAUUACUUGGCACGGAUGACAGCUUGAAAGUGGACCGUCCUCUCGGCAAGAAGGUCAUCAGUUCACCCUCGUAUGAGGCGUCCGAUCCUCCCAAGGACACCGCCGGACGUGCCCUGGAGGACUUGUACUAUAUCAACGCUCGUCUCGGGCAAGGGAACUUCGCGACGGUUCAUAGUGCGACGGAGAAAAAGGAAGGGGGGAAGCAGGUGGCCGUGAAGGAGUUGGAUUUGGCUAAGCUGCUGAAGUUCCAGCAAAGCACCAAGUCCGAGUUCGAAGUCCUACGGGAGUUGGACCAUCCAGCUAUUGUCAAAUUUUAUACGUACUUCGAGAACCAUCGAAGCCUCUUUAUUGUAACAGAAUUGAUGCAAGGCGGAGACCUGUUGGAAAGACUCCUCAGUCACGGCGCGUAUCGAGAGCCUGAUGCUCGAGUGCUCUUCCGCGACCUCUGCAGUGGAGUUGCUUAUAUGCACAGCCACAACAUCAUCCAUCGGGACCUCAAGCCUGAGAAUGUAUUGCUGUUGAAGAUACUACUAACGGCAGACCAGCGUCAUGGGAAGAUAUCGGACUUGGGCCUGGCGCGGCACACAAAUCCCCUUACGGGAGAGGCUGCAGGUAGAGCCUAUGUGAGGUCAUCUGUCAGGUAUGUGGUGCUGUCGGCAACUCCGCCUUUUUCGGUGGAUGAGGAUCCUGAUGGUCAAGAAGGGCUGUUGGAUCAGAAGAUAUUAAAUGCAGAGUACAAGAUAUAUAGCUUCGCGUUCGCCGAAUGGGAGGACGUCUCUGAGGAAGCAAAGAACUUGAUAGAGAUGUUCCUCCGAGUGGACGAUAGGAAGAGAUGGUCGGCUCAGCGAGCACUGUGA